UCCAUAGAGAGAGAAAGAGAGAGAGAGAGAGAGAGAGAGAGAGAGAGAGAUGGGGGUGGCUCAACUACCAUUGCUUGAUUUUUCUAUGGAGCCACUAGGCUUAGAAGUUGGCAGUGAGAGUUGGAGAGAACUGUGCACCAAAGUUAGAGAGGCAUGUGAGACUCAUGGUUGCUUCCUUUUAACGUAUGAAAAGAUCCCUGAAAACCUACGUGAAGAUAUGUUCAUGGGAAUCAAAUCACUAUUUGAUCUUCCUCAAGAAACUAAGACAAAGUACGUUAAUCCCAAGCCUUAUCGCAGCUACGCUGGAAAGAAUCAACUAGUUCCUUUCUACGAGAGUCUUGGGCUCGACGAACCUCAGAAACUUGCUGCAGUUGAAGCUUUUACUCAUCUCAUGUGGCCGGAAGGGAACACAAGUUUCUGCGAGGCUCUUCAUGGAGUGAGCUCGGAGAUGCUGGAGCUGAAUUAUAUGGUGCUGAAAAUGAUAUUUGAGAGCUUUGGCAUGGAAAAUUACUACGCUUCACACAUUGAGGACAGCACUAGUGUAUUUCGUAUGAUGAGGUAUAUAGCUCGUCCAAGCGGCGGCGCCGCAGCUGAUGAUGCUGAUGACGACGAAGACAUUACUCUACGAGCUCACACUGACAAAAAUACUAUCACCAUCUUAUGUCAAAAUCAAGUUCAGGGUCUCGAGGUUCAGACCAAAGAUGGAAACUGGGAUCAAGUAAUGGUUCCCCAACAUGGUCUAGUCGUCAUUGUUGGUGAAGCUCUCAAGGUAUGGAGCAAUGGGAGGCUUAAAGCAGCAAGGCAUAGGGUGGUGACGAGAGGAGAGCAAGACAGGUACUCUUGUGGGCUGUUUUCAUUGCCAAAAGAGGAAUCAAUCGUCCAAGUGCCAAGUGAACUUGUGGACAAAGAGCAUCCUCUUCUUUACAGGCCCUUCAUUUUUGCUGAAUAUAUUUCCUUCUAUGCUUCCAAGUUGAGCGAUGAUGCUCUUGAAAUAUAUGCAUGCAUUUGAUCCUUUAAAGUUAAUUAUUGGUAUUAUUAUAGUGUUUAAUUAUUUUGUUCAAGACAUUAUGAACUUAUUUAUAUACAUGAAUGAAAAA